GUGCCAUAUCGACAAUCUUCGAAGUCGAAGUACUACUUGGCUCAGGGUCGGCUAAGCUGACCUGGCCGCCGCGAUCACGUGCUUCAUUGUUUGACCAUCUCUGCGUCCGUUGUCAACUGCCAUCGCAUGCGUAUCAUAGAAAUCAUGAUUUCCUCACCCGCGAAACGCCUACUUACGGAGGAUGAGCGCAUUUCUAGGAUCGGUUCGGAAAUUCACAAUAAUGAUGCUACUCCAUCCGACGUGACUGCAAGCAUACGCAAUGCGGCAAUGAGAGUCAGAAAGAGUGAGCUUUACUAUGACAAGGUGCAGCGCGUCGCUAAAGUAAAAUGACGCGUAUGUGCACACGUAACGUAGAUGUAUUGGAGGGGUACCGCACACAGCCCUCAGCCCCAAGCACACCGAAUAGCUCACCAACGAAGUGUACAUCAACUUCUCGUGUAGAAGAGGAAGCUUACCCUUGGGCAAAUGAUACGCUGCGAGAAGUAUUUGGAUUUGCAACCUCCGGGAAAUAUACUCCUACGUCAUCUCCCGCAAAGCGAAGGCGCUCCCAGUCAAGCGAUGACAUUUCCUCGGACAGCGAAUCAUCAAAUGACCAUAUGGAUGUCGAGAGGCCCAUGAAACCCUUGCGGUCGUCUGAAGGAACAUUGAUGGCUGCACUAGGUCUGCCUCACAGUGUGCUAACCAGGCCUCCUGGCGGCGCGGAAAUGACCCGAGUUCAAAAGUGCCCAGUAGCGCAGGAACACGAUGCGCAUUCAAUUUUGGAUGUCGUCGGGUCAGCUUCCCACGUUGCGCAGCGUUGAACUAUGUAGUGAUCUACGCCGUACGGCGAAUGACCCGGAGUGCUCAGGACGAUCAAAAACAAGCCUAUAUUUAUACAGGCGUUUUGCACGCCUUCUCGUUCGGUAAAUGUAAGAGGUUGGAGAGUCGUUUUAUGUAUGUACCUUGCUGCGGUGGGUUGGCAAGCAAAAGAUGAAGAAUAUACAAUAUUCGCGUACUAGCAACACUCACGCGCAUCUUACAGAAAUCUCAGGCAAGCAAAUUGCCCUUGCAUAAACAAUGUCAAUACGUGAGGAGUGAACCAUUGAUUGAUU